AUGCACUUAGGACAGCAAGAGCACUUUUGCAUGCAUACAGACUUGUUCUCCUUAAAAACAACCAGUAGCAGCUGCAAGCAAAUGCCUCGACAGGAUUUUGUCGUAUUUAAGAUAUUUAUGGCUGCAGUGAUCAUUCAAUUUUUAAACCAAUCUCUUUGCCUCUCAGUAAGAAUUAAAAUGAUGUUAAAAAUAAUACAAAUGAUCUUUCUAUAUCUAAUUGAAGACACAGGCUCUCUGAGUAAACAAGCUGAAGCAACAGUUGCUACAGUAGAAAAAAAAUGUACUCCAGAGCAAUUCUGUCUUAGAAGUGAAAAAGGAACUGAACCACCAUUUAGUGGAAUGUAUCUGAACAACACAGAAUUGGGAAUAUACUGCUCUGUGUGCUGCAAUGUCCCACUGUUCAGCUCUGAAAAGAAGUACAAUUCUGGGAUUGGAUGGCCAUUGUUUUCUGAGGCUUAUGGCACUUGUGGCAGAGAUGAAAAUAACACAUUCAUGAGAUGAACAUAUAACUUAUUAGGAUCAACUAGAACUGAAGUUGUCUGCAAACAGUGUGAUGCCCAUAUAGGCCUUGUGUUUGAUAAUGGUCCCACACCUUCUGGGCAGAGGUUCUGUAUCAACAGUGUUUCAUUAAACUUCAAACCAGGCUCUGAUCAGUGA